AUGACAUUCUCACUGGAGUUCGGUCUUGUCAAUGCAGCCAACCGGUAUCUGACUGCUGAACCUUUCCGUUUCCAGGUGGCAGCUACAGGCAAGCAACUGAAGCCCCGGCAGGUGUGGGUGCUGCAGUUUGUGACCCCACAAGGAGCUGGGGCAGCUGGCCCAGGAGAAGGCGCUGGCCAGAAGCUUCACCUUAUCAGUGCCCUGAAGCGCUACUUGGCAGCUGACCCUAAUGGCAAAGUCACCUGUGACCAGGACAAACCAGGGUCUCAGACCUUCUUUCUCCUUCAUCAGUAUCCAGAUGGCAAGGUGUCUUUGCAGAACGAACAGUCCAAGCGCUACCUGGGUGGGGCAGAGGAAAAUGUCACUUGCUUUGCCCAAGCUGCCACUGAAACUGAAAAAUGGACCCUGCACCUGGCAGUGCAUCCCAAUGUUGCAAUGUACAGCCCCAACAGGAAGCGUUAUGUGCGCUGCGAUGAGAGAGGUGGGAUGCUGCGCUGUGAUCGUGACAUGCCUUGGGGAGCUGAAUCUGUCAUCACUAUAUACUACGAUUUCAAAGGUCUGGAGUCCAAUGCUGACAGAAGGCAAUUUUCCCCAUACAUACCAGUGAAGAAGUAUGGAUUGAGGAAUGGGACUGGUAAACUGUUGGCUUCCAAUGGCUCACUGGUGCCAGACGUCACCCCACAAACGUUGUACUCCCUGGAGGUGCAUGGUGGCUUGAUUGCCCUGCGAGACGAUGAGGGAAAGUACUUGACUGGGCGAGAGGGUGGUGUGAAAACUAUAAAGAUGGACAAACCUGGACGGGAUGAACUCUUCAGCGUGGAAUCCAGCCCUGCCCAGGUCUCAAUGCGCUCUUCUUCUACUAGCAAGUUCAUUUGCUGCAGACCAGGUGCUGAUCUCUACGCCAAUGCUAUGGCUGUAGGCAACACGGAGAUCUUCCAGCUGCUCUUUGAUGAUACCACAAAGAAGGUCUGCUUCCGCAGCCACUGCGGUGCAUAUAUGUCCUUGGGCCCUAAUGACUGUAUUAUCAGCAGCACCAAACAAGACAAGAAUGUCUGGUUUGACCUUCAGUAUCAGGACCAGAAGGUGUCUCUCCGUGUAGGAGACAAACAUGUGUCCAUGCGGCCUAAUGGACAGCUCCUGGCAAUUCCCAAAGCUGCAGGUAAGAGUGAAGAUUUCUUGCUGGUGCUGGUGAACCGCCCACUGCUUGUCCUACACAGUGAUGCUGGAUAUGUGGGUCUGUGUUCUGGCAUGACGAAGUUGGAAGGGAACUGUGUCAGCUAUGUUGCCAGCAGCCUGUCACUCACGGAGGAAGGCUACUACAAUUUCCAAGUUGGCAACAAGUACUGGGCUCUAGAUAAAGAUGGACAAAUCAUGGUGACUAGUGACCAUCCCAGCAAUUUCACCAUCCAGUUUGCAUCCUCCAGCUGUCUUAUCAUCAGAGCAUCCAAUAACAAGUUUUUUGUGGCUGAGCAAGGAGGCCGACUGUGGGCUGGGGCUUCAGACCCAUCUAGUGCAACACUGUUCCAUUAUUGA